UUCGAGAGCUCGGAGACGUCUCAUUUCGUCCAGAAAUCUUUGCUCUAUUCGAAUAAACUAAUGGUAAAAAGUUCAAUUAUAUCUGUACAUAAGAAAGUCAAUAAAUACAUAGGGGGUAAGUUUUUUUUGGAUCACCCUGUAGAUUUUUCGGUUUUUAUAAAAAGUGCAUGAUUCGAAAGAAGAAAAAGACAGUUUUUUUUUAAAUAUAUCGAAAUAUAGAACAAACAAUUGUCCGCUAAAAUAACAGAUCGAAGAGCUCUGGGUCAUACAUGAGCGUGUCCGGACUGGAAGAUUUUUUGGCGCACUCGGACUCGGACUCGAAUUUGAGUUUUUGUAUUUUGAGUCCGAUCUAUUCAACUUUUAACACAAAUGAACAGAGAAAGAUGAAAAGCGAAAUAACAACACCUUCUGUUUUACAAGAAAUUGAAAAUUUUGUUCGGGAGACGGACAUACAAAGUAACCUUAUUUUCGAAAAAUCAAAUAUCUAUCGAGAGCUCGGUAAAUUAAAAAAGAGAAACAAACCACACUCAUCAAAAAAGAAUCUAAAAGAUCACCAGACUAAAAAUGGACGCUGGACUCGGACCUUAAUGUUAAGGACUCGACUCGGACUCGCCCAUACCUGCUCUGAGCGUUCUUUUACUGGCAUUCUAACUUAUAUUGUUUUAAUGUCUUCUUAUCGAAUCAAGAUUCGAGCUUGGACUCGGUUAGCUCAUCACCAACGAUCAUUUGGUCUGCUGUACUUUCUUAUCAUCGUGAGACUGUCUUGUUUCAUAUAUUGUUAAAAGUGUUAGAUGGUCAAAUUGUACGGUUUUGGAUAUCAAUCUCUUGAUGAUUCAAUCGAAAUAUAGACGAAACUUUAAUAUCAGAUCAAAUAUUUUUGCGUAGUAUCAGAUUUCAGACGAUUUAUUCAACAGGUUAAAUAAAUCAAAUUUCAUACUCAAGUACUGGGAUUUUUGAAAUAAAAUACAAUCAACAUUUUCAUGAUUGAGAAUUAUAUACAUUUGUAUGAAGAUUAUUGCUCCUUCUUAUUUGUUUGUUAUAUGUGGAAUGAACAAUUUUUCUUUUAUAAUGAAAUGUCGAAAAGAAAAUGUUUUAUUCUUUUUUGAAAUCAUAUUCAAUAUGUUUAUUUGCUAUGUGUACUUGAACUCAUGGUGAAUGACUGAAGUACGUAGGUCAGUACUCGAAGUAGAGACAUGACGAUAACAGAAAUCGAAAGAAAAGAAAAUGUCUUAACGUUCAUAUAUAUGAACCAUAUAUUAAGAUAAAAAACACAGGUAGUUCUAUAUAUUGUCGUUGUCCUUAAUGAAGAGAAAUAAAAAGAAUGAUGGAUAUAUCACUUGUGUGUCGUUCAGAUUGUACAUAUGAAAAAAAUGUCCAUCUAUAUAUCUAACAUCUAAUAUUAAGUUUCGCACAUGUUCCAGGUGAUCAUACGAAAUGUCGUGACGAAUCACUAGUACAAUGUUCUAAAACAAUUUCAUAACAGAGAGAGAGAAAAAAAGAGAGAGUAAGAGAGAAAAAGUGUGAAGAGGAAAUACGUUUACUGGUCAUUGGUGACAUUGAACUAACGAGAAAUAUUUAUGAAUAAGAAGGUAAGAUUUAAUAAAAAUUUGAAAAAUUCUUUUGUACGUGUAUCGAAAUACAAUUUUUAAGUAUAUAUGAGGUACAUUCCUUUCCGUUAUCAACGUAGAUAAUAAAUAAGGACUGUUGUACAUAGAAACAAGGAUUGUAAGUCAGACAUUACUACAAACAAUAGAUUUUUUUUUUUUUGUUAAUCAAAAAAUUGAGUUGUUUUUAAUCAUUUUACUUAAUCCAGUCGUGUAUUUAUAGUUAGAUUAGUUUUAUAAUUACAUCCAUGUCAAAUUAGAAAGAAAAAGCGGUUUUCAAAAAGAGCAUAUGUCUCGCUUUGUUACUAAUUUACAUUUAAGAUUUUCUAAUACUAUUUUUUCGACACAUAUCUUCUCUUCAAAUGGGCAAGCAUAAAUUUGAUCCCUUUUUGUUUAUUAAAAAAGAAAAAAAUGAUGACUUACAAUUUUAGAGAAGAAAACGAUUCUUAGAAAUUUUUCCACCAUACGGGUUUAAAAAAAUAGUAUUAAACAAAAUUAUGUAUGAUUCAGAAGAAAUCUUAACGUAGUACAUAUCUCUGUUUUUAUGUACUAACAUUGCUAGGAAGAAGAGUUCAUAUUUGGAUAAAAUGAUUGAUAGUUAUAAUGAGAAAAAAUUUAUGGAAAAAGAGUCAAGGUAAUGAAUUCGAAUUUGAAAGUUAUUAUCUUCAGCAACAUUUCUACAAGCAAUAUUUUUCAAAUUUUUCUAGAAAAGAAUUCCUUUUCCUCAUCUGAUGGACAUUAUAUACAAUUAGACCUAACUCGAUUCUCAUUGUCUGAUGUGAAAAAGAAAAUAAGAGAAAUAAAUUUUAAUAAAAGAGAGCGAAAUUCUUUAAAAUUUAUUUGUUAAUAUAACUAAUAGAAUUAAUAUCAGACUGGUUUGACAUUAGUUCUAGUUUGCCGACAGGAAUCACGACCAAACCAUUAUUUAUGACUGAAAAUGACUACUGUUCUAUGUUCUAAAUAAGAGAAAACUGGAAAAGCUUUGUAAUCUUUAUGAAACAAAUAAAAUGUUUUUCAUCACUGUUGAGGUAUUAAGUUUACUAUCAUGUUACUUUUAUCUCAUAUAUAUGUACUGUUUUGCUGUUCACUGUAAAUGAUAUAUCAUUCACUUCUAUUUUUCGAGUUCAUACCGUUAAAUAGGAUAUACAACAGUAAAUAUUUGCUAUUUUAUACGACAGUGAUGUAACUGAACAUUUUUAUUCUUAUACACACGCACACACACACACACCCAUAUCGCAUUUUUUUUGUGAUAUAUCAUUGAACUGUCCACUUCCGGUAUGCGCUUCUUUUUAUUUCUAUAUCUAUUGUUUAUUAUUAUCUUAACGAACUAAACCUUGAUCUUUGAUUUGUUCAAAUUCUUUAUUUAUUUUGUUCUCUUGUUCCAGAACCGAUAGAGUAGUUGAUGAAAGUUUACUCAAUAAAAUGGUUGCAGAUGAUCGACUAAAAAGUGUUAUGUUUUCAGCACAAACGAGAGAUAUGGAUACAUUUAUUCAAUGGCUUGGUGGAGAACGAGCUGUGGAUGUUCCAGAUGAAUAUUUACUAGCAACAUUUCAGCAUAAACACUUUGUUAAUCAUAAAAAAAAUACUAGUGUAGAUAAUGUUGAACAAAAUCAAAAUUCAUCAUUAUCUUGUCAGCAUCACUAUAACGAUGUAAAUGUCAAUGCACAAUGUAUCGAAUUAUUACGAUUAAGAAAUUGUACAGAAAAGAUAGACAAUUCUCAAACAAUGAAUGAAACGAACAGUGAACAAAGCAAACAAUUUGAACGGGGUCUUAUAAAUCCAUUACGUCGAAGUUGUCAUCGUCGUUCACGUUUAUCAUUAGAUUUAAAUUUUGAACAAAUACAACAACGAAUACGAAAUAAUAGUAGUUUGUAUUAUGAGGAUGAGGCCUAUUGUACAUCAAAACGUGUACGAUCAGAUGAAAUAACUGAUUUGACAAGAAAAGCAAGUAAUGGAAGUAGUAGUAAAUUAUCCAGUGUUGAUCAAGCAACAUUAUCAUCAUCACCAAUUCCACACAUUGAUACAGUUGAUGAUAUUUAUUCAAAAUUGGAUCUAGCACAAAGUUUAUUAUUAAUGGAAUCCGAUUGGAAUGAUAUUGCACGUAUAAGAGAAAUAGCACAAACGGGUACAUUUCAAAAUUCAUUAAGUCUAUUACCAAUGUUAACAUCGAAAGAUCAAUCAAUUGAAUUGUUUCAUGAGAUGAACGAUGAUUUAAAAUCAAUUAUUGAUAAUUUUUUAACAUUAAUCGAAACAAAAUUAAAUGAAACAGAAAUGAAAAUGUUUGAUUCAAACGUUAGUCGAUCAUCUUCACCAUCAUUAUUCGAUAGAAUUAAUGAAUACAAAAAUUGUUUAACAAUAUUUAAACGUAAAGAAUUUUAUAAUUUGUUGACAGCAUUUGAUCAAAUAUUAAAAAUGCGUUUACCAGCAGCAUUGCCCGACGAAGAAAUGUUAAAAGAAAAUAAAUUAAAUGACGAUGAUGAAUUAGUAAAAUUAUCACAAUAUGCUAUUGAUGAGUUAAAAAUUGUCAAAAUUGAAAAAGGUGUCGAACCAUUAGGUCUAACAAUUCGAUCCGAUAAUGGAAAAAUUCGAGUUGCACGAAUUAUUUUUGGUGGUACUGCACAUAAAUCAGCCUUAUUUCAAAUUAAUGAUGAAAUAUUAGAAAUAAAUGAUAAUGCGAUAAAAGGAUAUCGUCUCAAUGAUGUAUGUGCAUUACUUUCACAAUGUACGGGUAUGAUAAAGUUUCUUCUUGCACCUGAUAAACAACAUCAACAACAAUCAACGGAUACAACUAAAAAUCGGACAUACUCUGUUUCAACAUUAUCUUCAACGGGAUCUUCAUCUCCAAAACUAUCGAUAGUUAAACCAUUAUUUAUUCGUGCCAUGUUUUCCUAUGAACCAAUGGAUGAUCAAUUAUUGCCAUGUAAAGAAGUAGGAUUAAACUUUCAACGUGGAGAUAUUUUAAGAGUAGUUGGUCGAGAAGACGAUGAUUUUUGGCAAUCGUUUCGUGAAACAAAGUCACCGAUUAAAUCAAUGGCAGGUUUAAUUCCAUCAGAUAGAUUACAACAAAAACGUGUCGCUUUACUCAAAUCGAUUGAAGAAGAUGAUGAUAAAUUGUAUAGCGAUACAGAGAAUGAAUAUUCACAGAAAAAACAUAGAAAACGACGAAAGAAGAAGACAAAAACAACAAUUCCAUCUUGUGUGACAUGUAUUCAUGGUCAUCGUAAUCGUCAUUCAAUUCGACGAAAUCGACGUUCGAUAACUAAUCGUUCAGCACAGUAUAAUAAUCGUUCAUUUUUACAUGAUAUUAAUGAUAAUGAGAAAAUCGACAAUAAUGAUCAACUUGAUGAAACAGCAACAAUACAGCAUUCAACAAAUCAUUUUUCAUUAACUGAUACAAGACAAUAUCAAUCAAGAUCAAAACAAUCGCUAUCAGAUGAAUUUAAUAUAACAGAACCAUCAAGUUAUCGAUUUUAUGAGCCAGUAUUUCGUUAUGAUCCAAAAUUAUUAGUACAAAAUGAUUGUUCAACAAAUUUAUCUGAAACACCCAUAACAAGGCCAAUUAUUUUAUUAGGUGCUCCGAAUGUUGGCCGUCAUGAAUUACGUCGUCGUUUAUUACAAACAGAACCAAAUAUAUUUGAUGUUGCUAUACCACAUACAACACGUGAAAAACGUUUAACUGAAUUUGAUCAUCAUGAUUAUCAUUUUAUUUCAAAACAAGAAUUUUUAAACAAAAUUAAUGAGAGAGAAUUUGUUGAAUAUGGAGAAUAUGAAAAAAAUUUUUAUGGAACAACUAAGAAAUCCAUAAAAACAAUUAUUUAUCAAAAACGAAAAAUAUGCGUAUUAAAUUUAAAUUCGGAUGCAUUACAAACGUUUGAAAAAACAGAUAUUUUUCCCUAUGUUAUCUGUAUAGCAGCACCUAAUCUUGAUAAAUUAAAACGUUUAGAUUUAGAUCGUAAAGAUCAAUUAACCGAUAACGACUAUCUAGAUAUCUUGAGACAAAGUCGUUCGAUUGAACGUCGACAUCAUAUGUUAUUUGAUUAUUUAAUUAUAAAUCAAGAUUUAGAUAAAACAUAUAUGGAAUUGAGACAACAUAUUUUAAAAAUACAAAAUGAUACAGAACAAUGGAUUCGUGCGUGUUAUCGUUCGAGUAAUAGAACAUUGGUGGCAACAUACGAUGGAGAAUAA